CUGAAUCUAUCAUGUGGAGAGCUGUAUGUUACCAGUUACCCAAGGUGUAUAAAUAAUUUGUUGCAUUGUUGCAGGUGUCACUUGAUACCACACAGUGAAGCAGACACUCAUGGGAUAAAGUCUUUACCAUAGCUGCUGUUUCUGGCUGCAACGUCAACAUUCUUCAGACAUUCUUCAGACACUUAUAGGAUAUUCUCCUAGUGAUUUGUACUUCAGGAUGGAUCUUGCAAAUACCAGCGUAGAUCUUUGGAUAUCCUUAGGAGACGACUGUUUGCUGCAGCCUCUGUGGGAUAUGAUGCUCAACUACAGAGACUAUUUGCGAUCUCCACUCUUUCCCAUUGUUCUGACUGUGUCUUCCUACUUUGUCUUAUGCCUUCCCUUUCUUGUUUGCGACAUCAUGGGAGAAAGGUGGGCAUGGGUCCAGCAAUUCAAGAUCCAACCAAGUUGUCGUCCCACAGCCUCUACACUACUGCACUGUGCAGGUGUCACCUUGUACAACCAUGUGUUUCUUGUGCUCCCAGCAUCAGUGGCCCAAUGGGCAUGGAGGCCACCUGUGGACCUGCCGGACCGGGCACCGUCCCUGCUGGAGCUGAUUGCUGGGGUGAUAAGCAACCUCCUGCUCUUUGACUUCCAGUACUUCAUCUGGCACCUUCUCCAUCACAGGAUCCGCUGGCUGUAUGUCACUUUCCAUGCCAUCCAUCAUAAUUACUCAUCUCCCUUUGCCUUAGCCACUCAGUGUCUUGGUGGAUGGGAGUUGGUCACAGUGGGCUUUUGGACCACUCUGAAUCCUGUGGUCCUGAGGUGUCACCUACUCACCACAUGGGCCUUCAUGGUGUUGCAUGUCUACGUUUCUAUUGAGGAUCACUGUGGCUAUGAUUUCCCCUGGUCCACAUCACGCCUGAUACCGUUUGGCAUCUAUGGAGGGCCCAGCAAACACGAUGUGCACCAUCAGAAACCCAACACCAAUUUUGCACCACACUUUACCCACUGGGAUAAAAUUUUUGGCACGCAUGCUGAUUUCAGCUUUUCUGCUAUGAAAUAGAAGGCUAUAACACCAUUGGUAACAGCUAUUGAUAGAGUGCUUUUAUGUGUCUGUGUUUGUUUUUCCAAAUCAUGUGGAUAUUAAAAAUGUGAACAUAUUCCUUUUGCUGCAAAUAGAGGCAUGUUACUGUAUUGCAUUUGAGAAACAACACUGUCAAAAAAAAGAUAUUUCAUGUAGCUGUCAUCAUAAUGAGCAAAUGAACAAAUAAUAUAGUAUUCAAUCAGUUGAACUAUGUGUGUGCACAAUCUAAAUAAUGCCUAAAUGCAUCUGUCUCCCAGUGUAUCUGGUUUCUUUACUUUGAAAGUAAUCCUGAUCUUACUUUUUCUCUCUACCAGUUUAAUCUCAGCAAAGACAAAAGGGGCUAUUAUUUGACUAAAGUUCUACUUUAAAUCUUCAUAGCUGGGGUGCCAUUGGUUUUACAUAUAGUUAUAUGUAUAAAUGAUAUAAUCAAGUUACAUGUAUAAAUCACAACAAAGUGCACAUAUUGAUGAUUCAGUGACUGCUGACUCAGGGUUAGUAGGUUUUUCUCUUUUAAUUUUCAACCUACCCUGUAUUUGGAUUUCUAUUGUGACACCACCAGUAUCUUGUAUUAUUAAUAUCAUGUAAUCUGACCAGUAAUCCCAGAGUGGUGAUAGUGGUGGUAUUGAUACUCUGAUAAAAUGUUUUAUGUAUAAGGCACAAGUAGGCCUAGGUAAAAGUCGAAUUCUAUUUUCCACCACUAGCUAGAUGUCACAAAUUACUCCAAUUGCCAUUUAGAUUAAUUAACAUAGGCUACUUAAUCUUUAAUAUAUGACUAUAUCAAAUGCUAACAACAGAACAAUAUUGAAUACAUCAUUUUCUGGUAACUAGACAUAUACUAUUGACUACAGUUUGGGGUGGGUACGUUAUUUGUUCUUAGAGUGCUUGUUGUUACCCUGGUUGUGCUGCGUCGCCUCGGUGCAAGUAACCAGAUCCAGUGACUGGCAGGCAGCGUUGGGAUGAGUGGUGGAGCUGGCUGGGAGAUGUCUGAGUAGAAACCUGCAUUAUUUUCCAACACGUACAGC